AAACUAUGAUGUUCAGUUGUUCGCUCUUUGGACCGGAAAAAACAUUAAAAAAGGGAUUAGAUUAGUUGACAACUUUCCAGAUUAGGGUUUGAGUCUCCCCGACUCUUCUCUUCUUCUUCAACACACUGCGCAUGCUCUCUCUUCUUUGCACUCUCUGAUUGCAAGAUAACUCAAGAAUGGAGGAAGGCGAAGGCGGGGAUCCCAUGGAUCAGUUCCACCGUAACGAGGCUAUAUCCGCCGUCGCCGACGAGGGUUUCUUGGGCGAGGAAGACGACGAUUACGAGGACCUUUACAACGACGUCAAUGUCGGUGAGGGCUUCCUCCAAUCGCUGCGUAAAAACGACGAUCUAGCGUUUCGAAACGACGAUGCCGUUCAGGACAACAGCAAGAAGCCCCAACAAGAAGCUGUCGCUGGGGUUUCGAUUCCUGGUGUAGGUGGUGGUGGUGAGGGACCCGGUGGUGGUGGUGGUGGUGGGGCUGUGGAUGGUGGUUCUAGGGUUUCUGGGUUUCAGAAUCAGGGGUUUAGAGGGAAUGAUUUGGGUGCAAAACAGGGUACUGGUGGAUCUGGAAUUAGGGUUGAGUUGGGUCAGCCAUCUGGGAAAGUGAGUGAAAUUGAGGAUCGGAGUGGAAAUGGUGCUGGUGUUGGUGGUGGUGGUGCUUCUGCGGUGCAAGGGAUUGGACAGCAGCCUCAUGGUGGUGGUGGUGGUGUUGUUGGCUCCGUUGGGAAUGAGGGUUUGGCCAGGCAAAGUGGUGGUGGCGGUGUUGGAGUUGCAGCUGGAGGAGAUGUUAAUAGGAUUGGUGGGAAUGGGAUCGGGAACAGUGUGGGUGUAGUUAAUACUAUUAACACUGGUGGACCUGGACCUGGACCUGGACCUGGUGGCCCGGUGGGUGCUGGAAGUGCUGUUGCUGCUGGUGGUGGCGGCGGCGGUGGAGGUACCAUAUUGUUUGUGGGUGAUUUGCAUUGGUGGACUACCGAUGCUGAACUGGAGGCUGAGCUCUGUAAGUACGGCCCUCUCAAGGAGGUGAAGUUUUUCGAUGAGAAAGCUAGUGGGAAAUCUAAAGGGUAUUGCCAGGUUGAAUUUUAUGAUCCUGCAGCUGCCACUGCCUGUAAGGAAGGCAUGAAUGGGCAUAUGUUUAAUGGAAGGCCUUGUGUUGUUGCCUAUGCUUCGCCUUUUACAGUUAAGAAAAUGGGUGAGGCUCAGGUGAAUAGGAACCAGCAGAUGAACCAAACAGCAGCUCCUCAGGGAAGGAGGGGGCCUGCUGAGGCAGGGGCUAAGCCUGCUGGGAGUAAUAUUACAACUGGCGGUAACUACCAAGGGGGAGAUGCAAAUAGAGGUUAUGGAAGGGGUAACUGGAGAGGGAAUAAUCCUGGGAUGGGUAAUAGGGGGCCUGUUAAUCCUAUGAGGAAUCGAGGAGGUGGUAUGGGUGGUAGAGGUAUAAUGGGAAAUGGUGGGAAUGGAUUUGGACAGGGCAUGGGUGCUACGCCUCCUAUGAUGCAUCCUCAGUCAAUGAUGAAUCAGGGAUUUGAUCCUGCAUUUGGUGGUCCCAUGGGUAGAAUGGGUACCUAUGGAGGCUUUCCUGGUGCUCCAACACCUCCAUUCUCUGGCAUUUUGCCUUCAUUCCCUGGUGUUGGAGGUGUUGGUUUGCCUGCACCCCAUGUUAAUCCUGCCUUUUUUGGAAGAGGGAUGCCUGUGAAUGGCAUGGGGAUGAUGCCUGGAGCUGGUAUGGAUGGACCUAAUAUGGGAAUGUGGUCUGAUCCCAAUAUGGGUGGAUGGGGUGGUGAAGAGCCUGGUGGUGGCAGGGCCGGAGAGUCAAGUUAUGGGGAGGAAGCUGCAUCGGAUCAUCAGUAUGGUGAGGCAAGUCAUGAUAGAAGUAACUGGCCUAAUUCUAUGAGGGAAAAAGAUAGAGGUUCGGAAAGGGACUGGUCUGGCACAUCUGAGAGGAGGUACAGGGAUGAUAGAGAUCAAGGAUAUGAGAGAGAUGCACCCAGAGAAAAAGAUGUGGGACAUGAUCAUGAAUGGUCCGAAAGAAGGCAUCGUGAUGACAGGGACAUUGGUCGAGAAAGAUCUCGAGACCGUGAUAGGGAAAAGUCUAGAGACCGCGAUCGUGACCGUGAUCGUGACCGCGAAAGGGAUCGUGAACGAGAUCGUGAUCGUGACAGGUACAGGGAAGACAGGGACAAAUAUGCAGAUCAUCAUAGGUAUCGUGAUCGUGAAGCAGAGCAUGAUGAUGAAUGGGAAAGGGGGCGGUCAUCGAGGACACACAGCAAAUCACGGUUAUCUCAAGAGGAGGAACAUCAUUCUAGGCCCAGAGAUGCUGAUUAUGGGAAGCGGAGGCGGAUGACCUCCGAGUAGUUUUAUAUGCUGCCUUAUUAUUUUUCCAUUGCAGAAGGAAAGAAUAGUAACUGAGAAGUAAUGGUUUGACGUGCCUUUUUGGGAUUCUUCGGUUGUGCUCCUCUGGUCCAGAAGUUGUUGAGCAUCUGUUCCAUUUCAAUCACUUGUUCUGAUUGCUUCUUGUUAGGAGCAUGGCUUUGGUUAUCUUCGAGGAAGGUCAAUUAUCAAUAAAAGCCCAGGAAACCUAGAAAUGAAGUGGUAACAUCCAAACGAGAAGCCUAACAAAUUCUUAUUUGAACAAAUGUGUUGAGAAAGGAAACUGGUCAUUCAAACUCUGGGUUGCUGUGGGGGAUCAACAAUCAAGCCUUCAGUAUUGCUCCUUUUUAUUACAAAGAGAAGUGGAACAUUUACUAUGAACUUUUUAGCUUUUGAUUUGAGUUUAUGUUUUAGUUAUUAGCACAUGAAAAGAAAAACCGAAGUUGUUGAUGUAAUGGGUUUAACUUGCUGAAGUCUGUAAUGUAGAAGACUGCUUAGAACUUAUGUUUGAUUGAUGUAUUAGGAUUUAGCACAGGAUGUUGCUAUUGUGCCCCGUUUCUGAUUGGCUCGCUGUUGUAUCAUUUUUUUCCCACUUUUUUGUUUUGGGUGUUUUGUUUCCCUAACAUAUUGUUAGUAUACUAGUUGAGCAUGCAAAUAUUGUGUAUGAUGUAGAGAGCUAACCAUUCUAUUAAGGUAAUCACUCAAAGCUGUAGAAGUUGUAUAUAA